AUGGCAGUCGCCAACUGCUGCUUCUCUGUUCUCACCUCCUCCGUUAAAUUCCGUUGCUGUGUUUCUCCCCAACGAUAUCUUGCCACGCCGCAUCAUUCCAUUGCUUCCCUCACUUGUAAAGCCGUCGUCAAUAACAGGAGACGCCCUUCUUCUAAUCGAGAUAGGGAGCAUAAAGAAGGUGGUUCGCAGAAGAAGUCUCCGGGGAAACUGAAAGAUGAGAGGUCCUAUUUGCAUGAUGAUGAUGAUGGAACCAGUGGUAAAAGGAAUGCAGGGAAAGCUCAAUCAAUGGCUUUUAAGUCGUUUGGCGCGCAAAGAAAAGAUAAGAAAGAGUUUAAGCUUGAUAUGAAGGAACAACAGGUUGAGCCACAGAAUCUUAAAGAUGCAGCUUUUUUAGAUGCUGUUGUCAAGGUUUACUGCACCCAUACGGAGCCUGAUUAUUCCCUUCCUUGGCAAAAACAAAGGCAAUACACAAGCACAGGAAGUGCUUUUAUGAUCGGCAAUGGAAAACUUUUGACAAAUGCUCAUUGUGUUGAAUAUUAUACACAGGUCAAGCUGAAGAAAAGAGGAGAUGAUACCAAAUAUGUGGCUAAGGUACUAGCCAGAGGAGUUGAUUGCGAUAUAGCUUUGCUUUCAGUAGAAAGUGAGAAAUUCUGGGAAGGAGCAGAACCACUUGAUUUUGGACUCUUACCACGUCUUCAGGAUGCAGUGACGGUUGUAGGAUAUCCCCUUGGAGGAGACACCAUUUCAGUGACAAAGGGGGUUGUGUCUCGUAUAGAGGUUACAUCGUAUGCGCAUGGAUCGUCUGAUUUGUUGGGUAUUCAAAUUGAUGCAGCAAUAAAUCCUGGUAACAGUGGUGGUCCUGCAUUCAAUGAGCAGGGGGAGUGUAUUGGAGUAGCAUUUCAGGUAUACAGAUCUGAAGAGGUCGAGAAUAUUGGAUACGUGAUUCCAACAACAGUUGUAUCUCAUUUUCUAAAUGACUAUGAUAGGAAUGGGAAAUACACUGAAUUUGAUGUUGACAAGCAAUGCAUGCUAUUCUCUGGCUUUCCUUCCCUUGGUGUGUUGCUGCAAAAGUUGGAGAAUCCAGCAUUACGUGCAUGCUUAAAAGUGCAGUCUAAUGAGGGUGUGUUGGUACGAAGAGUAGAACCGACCUCUGAUGCAAAUAGAGUCAUAAAGGAGGGGGACGUGAUUGUUAGCUUUGAUGAUGUUCAUGUAGGGUGUGAAGGAACAGUGCCAUUUCGAUCAAAUGAGCGUAUUGCAUUCCGUUAUCUUAUCAGCGAUGUAGCAGAGCUUGGCAUUAUUAGAGCUGGAUCAUUCAUGAAAGUUCAAGUAGUUCUUAAUCCAAGAGUGCAUUUGUUGAAACUGCUAGCAAAGUCACGUUAUUCUCUGGCAAGGUUCAAAGGGGAGCAAAUUGUUAUCCUAUCACAGUUUGAAGACAAUUACCUUGUUGUCCUGGAGAAGGAAGCUGCAAGCACUUGUUCAUCCCACAUUCUCAAAGAUUAUGGAAUCCCAUCUGAACGAUCUUCUGAUCUACUGGAGCCAUAUGUGGAUUUGUUGGAAGACAACCAAGCAGCAGAUCAGGAUUGUGGCAACAGCCCAGUUUCAAAUCUGGAAAUUGGCUUCGAUGGACUCCUCUGGGCAUAA